AUGGAAGUAACCAGCCUUGUCGUUGCCGCUGCCGCCUUUGCCGUCGCCUACACUGCGGAAGGUCUGCCUCGUAAAAUGCCGAGUAUCCCCAGCCUGAGACUCCCGUCGCUUGCUACACAAGUUCCUGCCUCGGUCACCAAGGGGAAGCAGGAGUUCAGGGGCAAGGUCAGGCGGGUCCGCUUUGUCGAAGUAGAGAAGUAUUGA